UAGUAUUUAUUACGGUAUUUAUUUUAUUUUGUGCUCGUAUUCUAAAAUUGUAUUAUUUUGUUCUUGAUUUAUGAACAAAUCAAGUUUAUUUAAUAAUUUAAAAUUGACUAUAAUUACUGUAAAACUCUUUUGACUAUUUCAUUAGUAUCUAUUUAAUAGUUAAUUAAGUAUGGUUAUCAUGGAAUUGGGGGAAAGCGUCGGUAGCUUGGAAGAGCAAGCUCUCAAAAGAAAAGAGAGACUGAAGAACUUAAAAAGGAAAAACCAAACAACAGAAAAUGAGACGUCGGACUCUCCAGCUGAAAAAGUUUCGUUACCAAAACCAAAAUUUCGGAGCUACAAGCCACAAGACGAGACCCUCCAAGAGGCGAAGCUGGAGGAUGCUCUACCUACAGCUGUUGAGGAUGAAGUGAAGGAUUUGCUAGAAGCUGGCAAAGAGAAGGUAGUCCUACAAGACUUAGACAUAUCAAGCUUAGCACCACGAAAACCUGAUUGGGACCUAAAGCGAGAUGUUUCAAAGAAACUAGAAAAGCUAGAAAGGAGAACACAGAAGGCCAUAGCGGAACUUAUAUGGGAGCGUCUCAAACAAGGGAAAGAAGACAACCUGGGAGCCAUGAUCACAAUGACAGAUAAGCCUAGUACUGAUGAUUAAUUUGGUUGCCGUAUUUAGUAUGUAAGUAAUAUAAUGGUAUUUUUUUAUGAUAGUUUAGUUUCAGUAUUCUCACACUUUUGUCCCAUUUACUUGUGUAACAUUUUUGAGAUGGCUUCAAGUGGAAAAAGUUAAGUGAAGCGACUUCCUUACAUGGCUUUCCAUUAUUUUGUCCAUGUUAUGUGGACAGUUGACGGCCAUGGAUUGCAAAAGCCCGCUAGAAAACAAAAGAUGGGAAGGACAGCCCCUAUCAUUGUAUGAAUGGUAAAAGAGUAUGGCCAAUUAAUUGAUUUUCUACAAAUGGCCAUGUGCCUAUUUUACGUAAAAUAUCCAAAACAGCUUUAAAGUGCAAUGACAGCUUAUCCUGUACCAGCUGGGGACUCUUGAAUAUGUAAGUAAAAGUAUAUUUAAAAAGUGCUUGUGUAGCAUAAUUGACAUUUCAGUAGAAUUUAACCGAGUUUGUGUAGAGUCCCAAAUAGAUAUCAUUUAUAAUUUAGGGGUAAGUCUUCACGGCAAAACGGAGCAACGAAUUGACGUGAUUUUUUAAGUGGUGAUAGUUGAAGGGAUGGAGAGUGACAGGCUAUUUUUUUGUCUCUUUCUAACGCGAGCGAAGCCGCGGGCAAUAGCUAGUAUUUUAUACAUGAACAGAUUAAAAAUCAAAGGAAAAUCAUAAUGCUAUCUGUAACUAAAUAAGCCAAAGUAGGUUUUUAAAAAUAAAAUACCAAUGUCAUGUUUUUAUCACAAAAAUAUAAUUGUGUACAUAUCACAGUAAAUUAAAUCACACUUAUACAUUUAAUAUUAUCUAUCCACAUCUGAUAUUCACACACUUUCAGUCAUGUAUUAUAAUUUGGCCUACUUACAUUUUAUAUUACUGCUAAACAUUUGUUACCUAGGUUCAUUAUCUGAGUAAUUCCCGAAAAGUUUGUACAUUUGGACAUUUGGUACAGUUUCCGAUCUUGAUUAAAAAUUUGUAGGCUGAUAGAGUCCAUGAUGCUGAGCAAGAUCCACUAGGUUUCCCAAAAUGUCCCAGGUAGUUUGUAUGAAACCUUUCUGUUUUGUUACCAGAUUUCUAUACAUUUUCGGUAAUAAAAAAUUAAAGUUUCAUAAAAACUACCUGGGACAUUCUGGGAAACCUAGUGGAUCUUGCUCAGCAUCAUGGACUCCAUUAGCCUUCUUCGUCUUUGCAUCCCUCUAUAUUUGUUACCCUCUGUCACAUAUUUCUCCAUUUACUCCGGUCUUGGGCAGUUCGGGUAACCUCUUCCCACUCCAUCAGCCUACCAAUUUUUAUCAAAAUCUGAGACGUGAUCCAAAGGUACAUACUUUUCGGGAAUUGCUGAUCUCAGAUGAAACAUUAAGGAAACUAAACAAG